AGAGUCUCACUCAGCCAGUUCAUCUUCCGUCUUUGCUCGAGUUCACCCAGUGAACGCGUCAGGAGAACACUCUCACAACAAAACCCGGACUUGAACCCACCCUGAAAACCCUCUGCAAUAUGCUGCUGCGCUCUCAGCCAGGAGGGACAAGCUGCCAGCCGUAGAAUAAACUUCAUUCAAGUUGGACUCCGGAGAGAGGAGGGGAGGUAAAUACUCAGCCACAGACUCUCAUCUCAUCACUCUACUGAUCCUUUUCUAAAACAUUCGGAUACUUCAGCUGCUCCCGAUGGAAGCCAGAGGAAAGUAUGAAUUUAAUGCGACUGGGGACGAUGAACUCAGCUUCAGAAAGGGUGACAUACUCAAGAUUUUAAGCGCAGAAGAUGACUGGUGUAAGGCAGAGAUGAACGGACAGGAAGGAUUUGUGCCACAAAACUACAUAGAAAUGCAGACUCCGGGGUGGUUCCAGGAGAACGCCAGUCGCAACUCUGCAGAAGAUCUCCUGAGAUACAAAGGUGUGGGAGACUUUGUGAUCCGAGGGUGCCAGAGUUCGCCCGGAGACUUCUCCAUCUCUGUCAAACACGAGAAUGAUGUCCAGCACUUCAAAGUGAUGAGGGACAACAAAGGCCAGUACUACCUGUGGUCGGAGAAGUUCACCUCCCUGAACAAGUUGGUGGAGUUCUAUAAAAAAACCUCCAUCUCAAAGACCAGGGAGAUCUACCUCAACGACGGCAGCUUGGACAGCAGGGCCCCCUCCGUGGGCCCGUCGGUGAAGAGGGGGAGUUUGCCUGAAGAGCGUAACACAGCUGCAGCUGUUGCCGCAUCGCCGCGCAGGGCCUCAGACCAGACUCCCAGCGCAAUGAAUAAAAGAUACCCUCUGGAGGACCGAGCCCACACCAUUGGACACACAGGAAGAAGCAGCAGCCCUAUCAGCUCUGGGUAUAAUCCCCGCCGCCCCUCUGAGACUCUGCCUCAGAGGACAUCCACACUGCACGUGAAGGCGCUGUACGACUUCACCGCAGAGGAAGACGACGAGCUUGGCUUCUGCGCCGGCGAUGUCAUCGAGGUGAUAGAUCGCUCCGACAUGUCUUGGUGGAAAGGGAGACUGCGGGGGAAAAGUGGCUUGUUUCCCGCAAACUACACGAUACAGCUUUGAGGAAACACCCCAGACAGCACCUUUACUACGUCUGCACACACUCCCAGACUCCUUCUGUAGGUGCACCAGCCUUCCUUCCUUGCGCGUUCCCGAAGAGCAAAAACACCGAGCUGGUUUCUGAUCUCUGAACCAGAGGACUGUGAGUCUGUGUUUUUACGUAGGGCUCACACACACACACACCACCUCUAAGAGCACCUGGUUCAGGGUUUAUUGAACGUUUUUAUUGACAAAAGGCGCAGAGACACACCUGCUGGAACUGACACACAGGAAGUGCUGCAUUUUUUUUUUUUUUUAAUCAUUUCAAUCAUGACAUGUCUUUCAGCAGGUAUGUGUAUUUGCUGAAUGUUUGUUGGCCAUGCUGCUGAUGUUUUCCCCGCUCAUGUUCAGUUACAUUUUAUACUGCAUAAAAGUUUUGUAUACAUUUUUUUUUCUUGAGAAUGCUUCACACAGAUGUGUAACUUUCCCGCAGCUCACUGACUUGGAAAUAAAAUUAUUUGUUAUCACGA